AUGGACGAUCCUGGGCCAACCAGUGCAAGCCAGGAGCCCAGAAUCACCAGAAAGAGAAAGCGGACCGCUCAUGCUUGCGAGCCUUGCAGGCAGCGCAAGUCUCGCUGCGAUGGGUCACGCCCAGUCUGUGACCUCUGUAACGAGCAUGGCGUUGAAUGUUACUAUCGAGACUCCGUGGCAGUGUCAGCGCCCAAGGUGGAUCAUCAUGCCGUAGCACAGCUUGACACUCGUCUGAGAGAUAUGGAACGUCUGCUGCAUAGGCUGGUCCCAGCUUGCUCUCGAGAACCCAUUCCUUCUCCCUCAUCCUUGGCUCAGAAUGAUACCCGGGAAGAAGUAACUCACCCCAGUUCCGUUGAGACGCAGGGCCAUGAUGCCAUGCCCCAGGAUGAGACCUGCGUGGAUCUAGCCUCAGGCACUGACAAUUUGGCGUGGCCUGCUGAUCCCAACGAUAGUGUUGAUGGCAUGGCAUCAAUCACUUUCCAGGGCGAGACUUGCUCCGGGGUCUUUGGUCCUACAUCCAACCCUGCCUUUCUCCAAAAGAUCAUUAUCGCACAGCGCAUCAUCUUCGGACAAGGACAGAGCCGUACACCAAGUUUGAAUACCUUUCAAGCUGCCCCUACGCUUGAUAUUUCACGGCCAGCUUCUCCGUCGCUCACAUUGACGGGCGCACAAAGUCCUCCUGUAGCAAACCAUCACGUUCUCCCUUCUCAUCACGAUGUCUUGCAAAUGGUGGAUACCUUUUUUGACAAUACAGGGAAAUUCUUUCCAUACCUUUACAAGCCUUACGUCCUCCGCAGCUUUGCCAACAUGCGCAGAAAUGGCUUCCAGAACGUUGAGCGAUCCCAGCUUUGCAUCUUGAAUCUGCUCAUGGCCUUCGCCACCACCCACUGCCCUUCAGACUUGCCGGCGUCAGCCAGGGCAGAGAGAGGCGAUGUUUUCCUGCAGCGAGCACUGCUACUGAUCCCGGAUAUCAAGCCGGCAGCAGGCAAUCUUGAGCCAAUACAGGCGCUGUUGAUGGCAACCCAAUAUGUUCAGGGCACUCAGAGAUCGUCCCAGACGUGGGAUAUACUUGGCAGGCUCAUCCAUGCGGCUUUUCAAGUAGGCCUGUACCAACCAGCUAGCCAAGCUCACUAUACUCCUCUCGAGGCCGAACUCCGAAAACGAGCCUGGUGGAUGUGCUUCAUCAUGGAUAGAAUGUGCAGCAUGACCUACGGUCGUCCACAACUCAUGCCGAAUGCGUAUAUGGUGAUGGACUUGCCGACCGAUGUUGAGCUUGAGACGCUUGCUGGCAACCUUCCGGAUAGCUUGAUUGCUUCUGCCGCGUCAACACCGAGUCUCUUGGUCUACACAUCUCGGCUAUAUCUUAUUCUCGGCAAGGUCAUAGAGUCGGUCUAUGACAACAACAUAUAUUGCCCAGCACAAACAACAAGCCUGCAUCAGUUGCUGACCAAGGUUCUGGAGGUAGAUCAGGACCUAAUCAACUGGCGUCAGCAACUCCCCCCUGGGCUCUCCCAGGUCACUGCGUCAGAGCUCAGUCAGUUACAGGCCGUGGGAGAAACACAGACAUACCGGUUCCGGACCAUCCUCACCGUAAGGUAUUUGAAUGUGCGGACUCUUCUACACAGAGCCAUCUUGUCGCGGCUUUUGGAGUCGCCGUCACGUCAGGCCCAUCAAGACCUUAUAUUCAACAUGAGUGUCAGUAGCAUGGAGACUUGUGUCGAUGCAGCCUUGGAGUCAAUUAGUAUCAUCUCACAGGCGACUCACCAGCAGUAUUUGUUACCGAUAUGGUGGUACUCGGUCUAUUUCACUUUCACUGCUGCUCUGGCCAUCUACGGCAGCAUCCUCGUCAUGAACAGAGGCGAUACGCAAACUCAUCGGUUCGCGCCCGCAGACCUUGUACAAGCCUUGCAGACAGCACUCCAAGUCCUGGAGCAGCUUGGUGGCGAGACGCACCAGGCAUUGCGGUCGACGGGGUGGAGUAUGUGA